CGCCAGCCGCAGACCCGUCCAGCGUCGCGAGACUAGAGCGUAAACGGCGCCUCCCAGCCGCCGCAGCAGCCGUCAUGAAGGCCGUAGUGCAGCGCGUCACCCGGGCCAGUGUCACAGUCGGAGGAGAGCAGAUCAGUGCCAUUGGACAAGGCCUCUGUGUGUUGCUGGGUAUUUCUCUGGAAGAUACACAGAAAGAAUUGGAGUACAUGGUCCGAAAGAUUUUAAACCUGCGUGUGUUUGAGGAUGAGAGCGGAAAGCACUGGUCGAAAAGUGUGAUGGACAAACAGUAUGAGGUGCUCUGUGUCAGCCAGUUCACCCUGCAGAGUAUCCUCAAGGGGAACAAGCCUGACUUCCACCUGGCCAUGCCCACAGCACAGGCUGAGGGCUUCUACAACAGCUUCCUGGAGCAGCUGCGGAAGGCAUACAGACCAGAGUUUAUCAAAGAUGGCAAGUUUGGUGCCUAUAUGCAAGUUCACAUUCAGAACGAUGGGCCUGUGACCAUAGAACUGGAAUCUCCAGCUGCUGGUGCCACCACUUCUGACCCAAAGCAGCUGUCAAAGGUUGAAAAACAGCAGCAGCGGAAAGAAAAGACCAGAGCCAAGGGACCUUCUGAAUCAAGCAAAGAAAGAAACGCUCCUCGGAAAGAAGACUGCAGUGCCAGCAGUGGGGCAGAGGGGGAUGUGUCGUCUGAGCGGGAGCCAUAG